AUGUCCAACAUGAGACACAUGUCCAUUGUGAGACACGAGAUGUCCAACAUGAGACACAACAUGUCCAUUGUGAGACACGAGAUGUCCAACAUGAGACACAACAUGUCCAUUGUGAGACACGAGAUGUCCAACAUGAGACACAACAUGUCUUAUAUGAGACACGAAGCGUCCAACAUGAGACGCAAGAUGUCCAACAUGAGACUCGAAUCGUCCAACAUGAGACGGAAGACAUCCAACAUGAGACACGAAGCGUGCAAUAUGAGACGCAAGACGUCCAAUAUGAGACGCAAGGCAUCGAACAUGAGACACAAGACGUCCAACAUGAGACACAAGACGUCCAACAUGAGACACAACAUGUCCAGUGUGAGACAUGAGACGUUCAACACAGUCUUUGAAAGUGACCCCUGUGACCGGAAAAUAGGACAAGAUGAGAUAAUAAAUGAGGCAGAGAUGGAGAGAAGGCGAGGCGUGAGAGAAAGUGGCUCCCUGUGGGACCCCUGCAUAUUUUCCCCAGGUGAAACCAGGUGUUGGAGAGCGAGCAGCGAGCCAGACAGCCCCACUCAGCCCUGUCAUUACUGCUACCUGCUACCUGCAGCCCGGGGCCACGGUCGUCCUGGGCCUCUCGGUGAAGUUGGUCAGAGCGGACCGGAGGGGCCCCGUGGGGGUCCGGGGCCUUCAGGGCCCAAAGGAGAGAAGGGCCACAUCGGACUGAAAGGACCAUCUGGCCCCAAAGGAGACAAAGGACCUAUGGGAGUGCCGGGGUUCACAGGAACUGAUGGAGUACCUGGCCACCCUGGUCUGGACGGGGGCCGAGGACCUGCAGGAGUGGACGGCUGUAACGGGACCAGAGGAGAACCUGGAGACUCCGGUUUCGGGAUCGGAGGACCUGGAGCGCCUGGAAAUCCUGGGCCGUACGGGCCAAAGGGUCAGAAAGGAGAGCCCGUGUACGUCGGCGACAGCAGCGGCGUCACGAAUUUACCAGGUCUACAAGGCAGAGAUGGUCCACCUGGUAUCACAGGUCCUUCUGGGCAACCUGGAUUCCCUGGUCCGCAGGGUCCUGAGGGAUACCCCGGCCCGCCUGGUCCUCCCGGCCCCCCAGGGCCAAUGGGGAGCCGUAGUGACGGAUAUGAAGGAGAGAAAGGAGACAAGGGCGACGUGGGUCUUCCCGGACCCAGUGGUACUCCCGGGGACGGGUCACUAAGAAGCGAACAAACUCUCACUAUCUACAAAGGAGAUAAGGGUGAACCUGGUCCAAAGGGGUUAAGAGGAUUCCCUGGCAAUCCUGGACGACAGGGACCAUUCGGUUUUCGUGGUGAACUCGGAGAGAAAGGCAUCCCUGGAUACCCCGGAGCGAGAGGUCCUCCAGGUUUUAACGGGCCUCCUGGAUCUCCAGGACAGCAGGGAUACAGAGGUAGUCCAGGUUACCCCGGGCAGCCAGGAUACAUAGGACCCAAGGGAGACCAGGGCGAACCGGGAGCACCAGGACCUCCUGCUUACGUUAGUAGUAUUGGCACUGCUGUUCAAGGACCAACAGGUGACCCAGGUCUCAGUGGCCUGCCCGGUAUCCCCGGUGACCCGGGAUCUCCAGGAUACCCAGGAGCUCCGGGACCGCCAGGAAUUGGUGGAUUUGGUUCAGGUCGUGGAGCCCCAGGUUUUCCCGGGACCCCCGGACCAAAGGGAGAGAAGGGUAACGCCGGCAUACCGGGCUACGGCUCCGAAGGACUCCCCGGCUCCCCUGGAUUCCCUGGACCCCCCGGCCCUCCUGGACCUCAGGGCCCUUCUAAUCCUCCUACUGUCCCCCAGACUAUUAGCGGAGAGCCCGGCCCACCUGGCCCCAGAGGACCGACGGGUGAAAGAGGAUACAAUGGCUUCAGGGGUGAUCCCGGCGACUGUGCUUGCCUUGGAGGAGGCACCUCGGGGGGGGCCGGCUUACCUGGCGGCCCGGGAGCCAACGGCAACCCCGGCUUCCCUGGACGAAAGGGCGAGCCUGGUGACGGCGGUUCACCUGGCUUCGGCGGCGGUCUGGGACCUGCUGGUCGCCCUGGGAACACUGGUGUUCCUGGUCGUAAGGGAGAGAAGGGGGCGUCUUACUAUCCCAACCUGGGUUUGGGGGUGAAAGGAGAGCUCGGAUCUACAGGGCCCAGAGGACCUACAGGUGAAACUGGAAAAGCUGGCAGAGACGGACUGCCUGGCUUCCCUGGAGCUCCUGGACCCCCAGGCGACGCCGGCUUCGGCACCAUUGGAGAGAAAGGUUUUCCAGGAUUCCCAGGGGCUAAGGGUCGCCCUGGCGGCCCUGGAGAACCCGGUCUUGGUUACGCCGGAACACCCGGCUUCCGUGGAGACGCUGGAGAGCCCGGGAUCCCUGGCUUACCGGGACAACCAGGUUUACCUGGACCAAGAGGUGAAAACAGCUGUGAAGGGGUUAAUGACGCCGGAGAGGGAACGGGCCAAGUGCUACCUUGCACCAUACCUGGUGAGGGAGGAGACCCCGGUUACCCUGGUGUCCCGGGACGACCAGGUUCUAAAGGUGAGCCAGGUUUCCCAGGAGGUCCUGGACGUCCCGGGUUUAACGGUGCCAAAGGAGAGAGAGGAGACCCCGGUUUUGGAGGCCAGCCUGGGCCACAAGGCUUCCCUGGACCCAGAGGAGACUCUGGAAUUCCAGGUGCUCCAGGACAGAGUUUUGAUGGAGCCAGGGGGAAAGAUGGUAUUCCAGGCCGUCCUGGAGCCAAGGGCCAGCCCGGAGAGGUACUGGGAGCCACGCCUGGUAGCCCAGGACAGGACGGUUUACCAGGACUCCCUGGAGACAAGGGCCAGCCGGGGACGCCAGGAGGACUUGGAGCGCCUGGUGGUGAUGGACGUUUUGGUGUUCCUGGACUGAAGGGAGAAAGCGGAGUCGACGGUCUUCCAGGUAUUCCCGGCGCUCCGGGACGUCCAGGUGAGCCGACUCUGGGCAUCCGUGGCGGCCCUGGAGCUCCUGGCAGCAAAGGACUGAGCGGAUCGCCAGGUUUCCCUGGUCGAAAGGGAGACAGAGGAGACCCGGGUUUCCCAGGCCCUGCUGGAAUGAAGGGCACCCCAGGACUGCCCGGCACCCCUGGAUCACCAGGACCCAGAGGACCCCCCGGACCAGCAGGACCAGGAACUAGAGAGGGAAUCCCAGGAAUACCAGGAAGGAAGGGUGAGAGAGGUUUCGCAGGACUGCCUGGUUUCCCCGGACUGCCCGGUCGUCCUGGAAACCCAGGGUUUCCCGGAGGCAAAGGGCUGGCUGGAGGGCCUGGAAGAGAUGGAAUUCCUGGUGGUCCCGGUUAUUUUGGACAGAAAGGUGAGAGAGGAUACCCCGGGCUCCCUGGGCUGCCCGGUACUUUUGAUCGAGUAGAGUCUGUGGAGAAAGGAGAACCUGGAUUCUACGGAAGCAACGGCCUUCCCGGCUUCCCUGGACCCAGAGGUGACAAAGGUCUGCCGGGUCUGCCUGGUCGUCAGGGUCUGCCUGGCCUUCCUGGUUAUGCCGAGCAGAGUAAAGGACAGCGGGGCGAGCCUGGUUUCCCCGGCAGACCGGGAUCUCCAGGCUUCCCCGGACCCAAGGGAGAAGCAGGAAUCAUGGGAUUCCCCGGCAUGUCUGGACCACGGGGUGAUGAUGGUCCUCCUGGUUUUCCUGGUAAUCCUGGAGAAUUUGGUCGUCCUGGUGGCAAAGGUGCACCCGGAGACACUUUCGGUUAUCCCGGAGGUCCAGGAGCUAAAGGCCAGCCAGGAGACUCAGGCUUCCCCGGUGGUCGCGGCAACGACGGCGCUCCCGGUGACAACGGCUUUCCAGGCGCUCCCGGUUUCCCUGGAGUGAAGGGAGCUCCCGGUGAAGGAGGACGUCCUGGAAUAAUGGGCUCAAACGGUUUCCCCGGGCCGAAGGGCCAGGCCGGUUACCCAGGAAGGAGAGGAGCAGAUGGGCCUCCCGGCCUCCCUGCAGGUCCUGGAGGUCCUGGAGCCAAAGGUUUGCCUGGACCCCCUGGUUUGGAUGGACUUAAUGGACUCGGUGGACCUAAAGGCCUCCCUGGAACCCCAGGUGGGAGUGCAGGAGGUCUCCCAGGUACCCCCGGUGCUCCAGGGCUGAAGGGAGAGAGAGGCGUCUCCUACCCAGGAGGUCCAGGCUUCCCCGGACCGAAGGGAGAGAGAGGAGAUUCAGGUGGUCCUGGACGCCCGGGGUUCCCUGGUCUGCCCGGACCUCCUGGUCCCACUGUGGGGUCAGAUAUUCCUGGACCUACGGGAGACCCCGGCCCCCCUGGACUGGAUGGAGAGUAUGGUUUCCAAGGUCCUCCAGGUCCUCCCGGGCCUCCUGGUCCAGGCACAGCCCAGGGAGACAGAGGUGACGCUGGGCUCCCGGGCUUCCCCGGCUCCCCCGGCAGGAAAGGAGAAUCCGGCAUCCCCGGAGGCCCUGGACUGCCCGGCAGCCCCGGGUUCAAAGGAGGACGCGGUGAGACUGGCUACAGUGGAGGUCCUGGUCUCAAAGGUUUUCCUGGUGAUUCUGGUUUUUAUGGAAACAAAGGAGCAAAGGGAUUACGAGGACCUUCUGGCCGUAAGGGCGCCCCUGGAAUCAUGAUGUCUCCACCACGAUACGACACGCCACAGUACGGAGAGCUGGGUUACCCCGGUGCAGGCGGAGGCUCCGGUAUCCCCGGAGAACCCGGUCUGCCAGGAGGCCCGGGACGUCCAGGUCCUAAGGGUCGUCCAGGUCCUGUGGGUAAACUUGGCAGGACUGGAUCUCCUGGUUUACCCGGACCAAUCGGUGACGGCGGACCCCCCGGCUUCCCUGGAUCCACCGGAGAGCAAGGUCUGCCUGGUAAGGCCGGAGUCCCCGGUCCUCCCGGUGGCGUCGGCCGUAGCCACAGCAUCGGCUACACGCUGGUGAAGCACAGCCAGAACUCCCAGGUCCCCAUGUGUCCUCAGGGCAUGGCCCAGCUGUGGGAAGGAUACAGCCUGCUGUACGUGGAGGGACAGGAGAAGGCACACAACCAGGACCUCGGUCAGCCAGGCUCGUGCCUCCCCAGGUUCAGCACCAUCCCGUUCCUCUACUGCUCCCCUAACGAGGUCUGCUACUACGCCAGCCGCAACGACAAAUCCUAUUGGCUCUCCACGACCGCGCCCAUUCCCAUGAUGCCCGUGGCCGAGCAGCAGAUCCAGCCUUACAUCAGCAGGUGUUCUGUGUGUGAGGCUCCGUCUAUGCCGGUGGCGGUCCACAGUCAGGACCUGACCAUCCCCACCUGCCCCCCCGGCUGGAGGAGUCUCUGGAUAGGAUACUCCUUCCUCAUGCACACAGCAGCCGGCGCCGAGGGCGGCGGUCAGUCCCUGGUGUCUCCCGGCUCCUGCCUGGAGGAUUUCAGAGCAACUCCGUUCAUCGAGUGCAACGGGGCCAAGGGCACCUGCCACUACUUCGCCAACAAGUACAGCUUCUGGCUCACCACCGUGGAGCCCAGCCAGGAGUUCGUCUACUCGCCGGCGCAGGAGACCCUGAAGGGAGGCCAGGAGCGCUCCAGAGUCAGCCGCUGCCAAGUCUGCAGCAAGAUCUUGUAGUAGGAGGACGAGCGGAGGCGUGGAGGUGACGUAUUAAAACCCCAAAGGAAAAAAAGAAAAGGAAAGGAGGUGUUUAUGAUGGAGGAUGAGAUAAAGAAAUCUAUAAAAGAACACGUGACUGACUGAAAAUGAGCCCUCUCCUGCUUCUCCGAUGGUUUCAGAAUCGAGUCGAACGACAGCGACUCCAUUUUUAGAGUUUUUCGAUCCCUUUUAGGAAUGAAUGGCUUAUCAAAAUAAACAAAAUCAACAAAAAAAAAAAAAAGAAGAGUUGGAGGGAGGAAAAUGGAACGAGAAGGGCUCCAGUGUGAUUGCUCUUCUCUAGAUUAUCACUGACAAUGGUGCUAUUGUUUAUGUUCUUUGUGUUUAUUUUGUGUCUCUCGUUAACGUUUUUUUUUUUUUUUUUUUUUGGCGAGAAUCAUUCUCGGCUACCUCGGAGAGUGCCACCCCCUUUUCGGAUAGCACUGCACCGCUCACACGUCAGCGCUCCGCCUCAGAUACGUCAGCUCGCACCGUCACCUGCGUUCCAGCUGAUGUAACUAAGGAGGAAACUCCUGAUUCUGGUUCAAACACACUUUUUUUUUUUUACUGAAAUGACCGCCAUAAACCUUUUUUUUUUAUGUAUUUACUGCCGGCUGCGACCACUUUAACUGCAGUGCUGUUACAGAUUAUGUUACAUUAAAAGCUGCACCAUGUUUUGCAUGUUUUGCAGGAUUUGGUUAUCAUUCGUUAGGAAAUCUAACUGCUGAGAUUUGAGACAUUCUAGUGAACAAAUGAGCUAAGUGUUAUUGUUGUAAGUGUCUUGGCAAAUUUAGUCUUCAUGCAUUUAAGAAAUAUGUCUAGAAGCAUCUGCCAAGUCACCGGCCAGAAGUGCAUUUAUUUUUAAAGCCAAUUUACAAUAUUUUCUUUAUUGUUUUGUGCACAACAUCAGAUGCACAAAAUACAAUUAAAAGGAAAUAAUAAAAAAUAAAAUUGACUUUGAAAAAACAACAGAAAAGCAGCUUAAUGUUUAGAAAUUGAUGAACAGAAACAAAACAAUAAAAAUAUAUUUCCUCAAAGAAUAAAUGGAAACAAAACAAGAAGAAAAAAAUAAAUGUAGUAAAACAUUUAAUAUAUAUAUAUAUUUACUGGAAUAUUAGCAGGUGAACACAACUUGUUCUGUCACUUUUCAUUUUAAAUCAGAUACUGGACCAACAAAAGCCUUUUUAUGUUAUAAGGAUUUAAUUUUCUUGGAGCACAGCGACAAUAAAACGUGUUCAUUUUUUGCCGUUAUCGUGGAAAACAUGUAAAACUACCAGUGCAGCCCUUUAAACUUUACAUUUUUCAUGUUUCAUAAGCCUGUGAUCUCUGUACAUUUCUCAAUAUGGUGCUACAAAACCCUGACAGUUGACUUGAACUUGGCGACAUUUUAAAUAUAAAACUACAAAUGCAAUAAAAGGCUUUUUUUUUUUAAACAACGCACUUUUUUCCACUAAAUUGCUAAGAAACGAUCCUCUGCAACAGCUCACUGUAGUAACAAACGACCCAUUCAUAAAUAUUGCACUGAUGUGAACUCUCAUGGGUUCAAACAGACUAAAUUUCCUCUCCAGCUUCACAGGCUUUCAUCUUCAUGUUGUGACCAAACUUUUCUUCUUUUUUUUUUUUAAAUCACCCUUCAGUCGACAGGAAACCAAACACACACACACACUCUCUGAUAGAUGUUUAAUUAUUGCUGUACAUAGUGCUUACUGUAUUUCCCACCAAAGUAUGUUGGAGCUAAACUCUAUAAAGCUCUUUGUUUUGUUUUAUUUUUAAUUUUUUCCAGUCUAUGUAUUUUUUCUCUGUCCUUGGAUAAGAAGAAGAGGAAGAAGUUGCUAAUUAACUGUCUAUAAAUGCAGAUUUUUUGCAGCCAUAUUUAUGACAGAAUUUUUUCGCUUGCGACGUAAAUCUAAAGCCUCCUCUUGUUGUCAGAUUAUCCUCGGACAGUGGAAGCUACUGGGUGACUUGUAACCACUAAGACCACUGUGUCUAGCUCUGUCUCUCUGCUGGUAGCCACGAUUUUAUUACUAUGUCACAUUUUACUGCUUUUCAUUUUAUUUUAUUUUCUCCUCUUCUUUUGUCAGCCUUUGUGGUUUUGUAAUCUAGAUUGUAAUUAUUUUACUUAAGUCAUGAUACUAUCCCCUGGUUUUAUUUACUGAGAUGGGAGGGAAUGGGACGAUAAUGAUGUGUACAUUAAAUAUUAUGGAGAAAAAAAAACAAAUGCUUUUUAGGAUUAUGUUUUUAUAUGGAAAAGUAUAUUCACCACUGAUGAUUUAACAGACGCAACAACAAGGUUUUUUUAUUGUCUGUUUACCCCAUUUUCAAUAAACAAUAAGGAGUUGAAAUGUUUUAUGCAGCGGCAUGCUGCCCGGAGUGACAGAAAGGAAAUGCAGUUUUCCUCAAAGAGGAUCUAUAACAAUAAAGCGGUUAAUAACAUGUCUGUUACUGUAAUGUGUAUUUCUGUGCUCACACACUUUGAAAUAAAGUCUCUAAACUAAC